AUGAGUGAAUUUAAAAAAUUAGGGAUAUUUCCAUUCAAUUUUGAAAUCAUUCCAAGAGAAAAUUUCUCUAAGGAUGUUUUAGAGCGCUGGGAGAAGCACCUUUCAGGGAGCCUACGAGAGAAAAUAGGAAAGAAAGAAGGAAAAGUGAAGAAAAAGGCUGAAGAUUCAGAAAGUUACACUACAGACGUAGAUUCAGAUAAUGAAGUGCACUAUGCAAAUUCUGACGAAAGUAAAUGCGUGGAAGAAGAAGCUGAAGUCCUUUCUGCGUCAGACAAUGAAGAUGAAAUGAACAAAGAAAAUAAGGCAGAAGAGGAGACUGGACCAGAUAUUAACAAAUGGGUGAUUGUAAAAUAUAUUUUGGUGAAAGGACAUAAAUAUUACGUAGGCUUCGUGCAAAAACAGAUAGACAGUCGUUGGGAGAUAAAGUUUGUACGACGUAAGGGCGCAACCUUUGCAUGGCCUAUUAUAGGCCUAUAUAGAAGAUGUUGA